GAUCUGAUGCGGGCGGCCCGGCUCAGAGCUACGGGCACUUAAAGGCAGCGCUUGACUCCCGCCGUGCUCACUACUUUGUGCCUCGUCGUCGCGGGAAAGGGAAGGGAAGGGAGGCGCGGACAGCUGAGCGAAGCGCUCCAUCCUUGCUGUAUAUUUCUGUUCAGACAUGUCUGUACAAACCCCUCCCCUCUCACGUUCUGGCUCCUCCCCCUCCACUGGGGGUCUGGCAAAUCGCAGUGCACCCUCAGCCGCCCCUCCCACCUCUCUUAGUCUUCGCUCAUCCUACAACCAGCUGCUUGGUCGCGACGUCAUCAAGGAGUCGAUGGAAACCGGGAGCUCGGCCACUUUGCCCAAGAGCCGUCAGAGGUACGCAAUGACCAGUGUCCGCAGUGCCAUGGGCAUAAGUGACAACCUGGCGUUGUCCUCUAAGUACCAAUCUGUAACCAGAGGAAGAGGGCUCCCAACAAAGUCCUCAUCCAGUUCAGCCCUCUACUCCUCUUCCUCUUCAUCCUCCUCCUCCUUCUUUAACACAACUAACCCCAAACUAGCCAAGAAUGGAGCCAACAUGCAGAGGCGAGCCGAGAGCCAGCAGCUACAGCUGAGCAGGGCCAAUACCGUGGACAAAAUUCACAACGAUCUCUUCAAUAAUCCUACGUCAGAGUGGCUAGAGUUCGGAAAAGACAACUCACAGCUCCCUCCGUUUCGUAGAAGAACCAAAAGCUUUUUGGAGUACCAUGGCAAAUGCUGGGAUCUGGACCCCAGUUGGGAAAACAAAGAGGGCAAAGAGGAGGAGAAGCAGCCGCCUUCCUCGGAAAAGGAACAGGACUGCCCUGCCAAAGAAAGAGACAGUCAGAAGGAGGAGAAGACCUGCAGCAAGCAAAACUCUCACGAGGAAAAGGAUAACGUGGAGCCUGUGGUGGAGGAAGAUGAGGAGGAAGACGAGCCCACGCCAACACCAAGACAACCCCUGCUGCCAGUGGUGGUGGAAGCGCCUCUUUCCUCCACCUCCUCGUCUUCGGCAAACAGUCCAGAGUGGGUGCCAGAAAACCUCAACCACCCCCAGGGUCAAGUCCCAGCACCGAUCCGAGACGAGCUAUGUCCCCAGGUCCAAGCUAGUCCACGUAGUCCUGCUAAGCCACCUCGGAGCUCUCAGCCGCGGGUGAUCAAAGUGGAGCUUCACCCCAACAACGAGAACCAGUUUUUGCAACAAUACCCAACGUUUUCCCCCAAACAGGCCAGAGCUGCGGAAAGAUACACCCCUAGCAAGAAUUGGACAUCUCCUCCCCUGCAGGAACCCGAGCCACAAACGGGCCUACCUAAAGUUGGCCUAAAAAUGGAUAUGACUCCUGACACACCAUCCGAGGAUGAAGACUCCAGCUGGACCACCCUGUCUCAAGAGUCACCCUCUCCGCAGAGUCCAAAAGAGACAGCAGAUGUAUGGGCUGAAGGCGAUCUUCCGCCAGGCUGGCGGGAGAUUUCAGACACAUCCGAAGUCUAUUUCUGGCAUGUUCCCACUGGCACUACACAGUAUGACCGACCCAUUGCCUCUGGAAACCAAGAGAGCGCUUCUAGCAAAGAGCCAGAUGCUGAGCAUGACCCACAAAAAGAAACACAGGACUCCCUCAAGCUACCAAAUGAGCGCCCCAGCAGUUUGAUAUCCGACAGCUCGGUAGAGCCAGUCCCCUCCCCGUCUGGUUCCUCGCCCUCCUCUUCCUCCUCCACGCCCUCCAAAGUCACCUCCUCUCCCACUCCAGUUCUCAGCCCCACCACUUCCGCAGCAAAAGAGCUGAAGGACUAUCCAGUUUAUCCAGAUCCCAGUCUUAAAGCAUUUGAAGGAGCUACCCUCCGCUAUGCCUCUCUUAAGCUCAACCCUCCAGCUCAGCUUGAGACGGUGGACCUCAACAACUCGUUCUCUGAUCCAGAGGCAAUGUCGUUUCCAGUGCGAUCGCUGGGCUGGGUGGAGAUGGCGGAACAGGACCUGUGUGAGGGGAGGAGCAGCGUGGCUGUCCACCACUGCAUCAGACAGCUGUCCUACUGCAGGAGGGAUAUUAGAGACUCAGCUGGCGUCUGGGGAGAGGGAAAAGGCAUGCUGUUAGUGCUUCAAGACCGCAUGUUAACGCUGGUUGACCCAGAUGAUCGCAGCUUGCUCCACUCUCAGCCAAUCAGCAGCAUCCGUGUCUGGGGCGUCGGACGAGAUCAUGACAGAGAAAGGGACUUUGCCUAUGUGGCCAGAGACAAAAACACGCGGGUGUUGAAGUGCCACGUGUUUCGAUGUGAUACCCCGGCAGCAGCCAUCGCCACGAGUCUCCACGAAAUCUGCUCCAAGAUUAUGGCUGAAAGAAAAAGUGCUAAGGCUGCAGCUGGCAGCUCCUCCCAGAAUGGCUCUGAUGUGCCCCUGCAAGAGUUCCCCAUGCCAAAGACUGAACUGGUGCAGAAAUUCCACGUGUUCUAUCUGGGGGUCACCUAUGUGUCUCGCCCAAUAGGUAUGGACAUUAUUAACGGAGCCAUAGAAAACCUCCUGUCAUCCACAGGCAAAGAAGAAUGGACCCCUGUCAUCCUAAGUAUUGCUGACACCACUGUGGCUGUCAUCAAAGAGAAGGAGGAAGAGGAGGAGGUGCUGGUGGAGUGCCGUGUGCGGUUCCUGUCCUUCAUGGGCGUGGGACGGGAUGUGCACACGUUCGCCUUCAUCAUGGACACAGGGAACCAGCACUUCCAGUGUCACGUCUUCUGGUGCGACCCGAACGCGGGCUGCGUGUCUGAGGCGGUGCAGGCCGCUUGCGUGCUCCGGUACCAGAAGUGUCUGGUGGCACGGCCGCCCUCUCAGCGCGCCGGCUCGUCCUCGUCUCCCUCGUCGGACUCGGUGACGCGCCGCGUGACCACCAGUGUUAAACGCAGCGUCCAGUCUCUCAUAGACACUCUGAAACCCAAGAAACAGCCGUCGGAACUGCCCCAGCAAUGACCGUCGCUUCUCACCGCAUUGCACCCCACCCCAGCCUGGAUGCCACUCUCACAGUCACCACAAGGACACUUAAGUCAGUACCAGACGUUGUAAGACAUGAUGUACAUACAGUAUAUACCAACUAUGCCAGCGGGUGAAGGAGAGCAUAUUUAAAAUAAAAACAUACGUUGUCGAUGCGUGAUGGAGCCGGAAAGCUCACACAGCUGUAAGAGUGUUGAUCUCUGAGCGGCGUUUGUCCCAGGGAAAAAAAAAAUCUCCUGUUUGUGGAUAUAUUCACUUGAAGGAUAACUUGAACUUUCGCUCAGCAGAGAGGAUGACCCAGGCAGAAAAUAUCCCAUUUCUACUCAGAGACUGCUUACGGAGCAACUCAUUGGUAUUCGUUUUUUUUUUUUGGUUCUUCUCAUCUCUGUCCUAUUCUAAACUUCUUGACUUGGAUGAGCAACACUAGCCUUCAAGGACAAAAAAAAAAAAAAAAGGGGAGGGGCUGGCGUUGUCUUGCUUUUGUCACAAAAGAUUUCAACGUGGAAGACAAAAUCAGCCAAGAUCAAGCAGACGGAGCCUUUCAUCAGCCCACAGCAGCCCACCAAAUGGUAUAAAACAUGUCCGACAGA